CCUUUGCCCUUGUGUUUCAGGAGGUCCAGUCCAUGUCGCGAUCUCCCCGCAGCGCCGCUGCUCCUCCCGCCCGGCAGGGGGCGAGCCGCCGCCGAGCGCGCGGGCCGCUCCACUUCCGCGUGGGCGGGCGCAUGGCCGGGCCUGGCGGCGCGGCGGGGCCGGCAGCGGCCCGGGAGCUGCUGGACGUGCGGCGCGGGCCAGGGCUGGAAGACAUUUUGCUGAUUAAUUCAAAAUGUAGCGGGAAGAAGGCCACAACUUUACAGACGGUUAAGGUGCCAAGGAGCAAUGUUUUGGACCGAGUACAGAGCUUUUUACCACAGAUGGCCCAGGCAAAUGAUGAGCUCAAAAGAAAAAUGGUAACAGUACCUGCUCAUCAGUUUGAUAUUGAACAUCUAGACAGUGAAACAGAAAAAGUUAUAGAAAUGAAUGUGGCUGUAGUUGAACUGAGUGAUUCUGAUACAGAUGAAGAACUGCUGACUUCAGAAGAUGAUUUGGAAUCUGAUGAAGAUUACUCUGUAACUGAUGAAGUGACAGUAGACAACAUUAAGUUUCCUAAACAAAAGGGAGAAAAGGGCAAAAUAGAAAUUUUGGACAGCAAAGCAAAUUAGUAAAUCUAUUUUAUUUUACUUUAAAAAACCCCAAACCAACCAAAUCAUGUUUUCUUGCUUUGAAGAGUUGUCCCUUAAAACCACUUUGUUUCCCAGUGUAGCAUCUCUCAGGAUCCCGUGAAAUGCUAUAGUUUACACGGUGGAGAAUUCAGGAUCCACUCAUGGCUGGGGAAGGCUGGGUUUCUGAAGAAUUAAGUGCGAUUUUAUUCAUCAAAUAACAGGGAAAUGCACUUCAUAGUAGAUUACACCAAGAAAACAGCUAGAGUAAAGGGGCACUUGAAAGUUGAAAAUUCUUGUUCUGUUGCUUUGUUGAAGAAAGACUUUUUUUUAUAGGAAGAUAGAAGUUUUUGCUUCAAGGGCAAGAAAGAAUUAACUAGGAAAAAAGCUUUUUUGUUCAUAUUCCAUGUAUUGUGAAGUAUUAUGUACACUCUCUUCACUAUUAAACAUGAUCUUUAAGUACCCUAGAGGUACGUCUACAUUGCAUUAAAGGCAGUCACUGCUCAACACUGGAGCAGUGGCUGAGCUGAUUUCCAGCUGAGCCAGCCUGGGUAAAGACAGCCAUGAGCAGAGAGUUCAGCAAAGGGUUACUAAGUACUUACCCUGUGUGCCUGCACUGGGCUCCACACCAGCACAGGGAGCUUACAGGCUCCUCUGGGAAACCUUUGUGGCUGUGGUGCAAACACCCUCCAUACUCAAAGGAUCAAAGCUGCUUCUGGGGUGUUAUGAUGGCUUUAAGCUACACUUCUCAUCCCCCAAUUUCCCUGCCGCUUUUCUUUUCCGAUCUCCAUUUUGUUAACUCUCACUGACAGAAAGAUGAAAUGGUGAAUUUUCAGCUGGCCUGUACUUAAGUUGGCUUGACCCAAUUGUGAAACCAGAAUCAGUGAAAGUGUGUCCCAUUUAUACUUACCCCGGAUUGAUCAAAUACAGUGGUAUGUGCUAUUAUAUUUACUUCAUAGAUCAGUCUGCAUUUCAGAAGUAUCUGUCAUGCUCCUGGAUGUCACUGUUUCUUAAAGAACUUUGUAUUUUCUACAUAAAAUUUUCUAUACUGUAUUUGCUCAAAUAUUAAACUUAAUGUCUUGACUUGAAA